AUGGAUGGUGACAAUGAGAUUGAAGGAGGUGGCUAUAGCCAACAAGACGCCCAUGCAGCUGGUCUAUACAUACAACAGGAGGUUGUGGAUGUGUCUAUGAUGGCAGGACCGCCCAUGCCGGCCUUGACAGGGCGGGCUGAGAUAAAUGAGCGAAAUGCCCCUGCUGUGAGCCAACAAGAAACACAAGAUGAAACACAAGAUGACGACCGAGUAUUGACACAGGAAGAUGGAGCUCAAGGAGCCAAUGUCAAGAAGAAGUCUACCAGAAAGAGGAGGACCUUCAGGUUGCAGUGGCUGGUUGCGUCGAGUGACAUGUAUCUGAAGGAUGACGCAGAAAUCAAGGCAUCAUUUGAUGCUGCGUUCCCUCUGGGGUAUUCAUUGGACGGACAGGUUGUUGCAUGCCCAAAGGCGGACAAUGACAAACAAUACACAAUCUGCUGGAGAACAGGUGAUACUGGUGUCUCUGUGAAUUGGGUAAGGAGUUCCUUCCCCAAGGUCCAGUUCCAGGAGACUAUAUGGCAGUGCAUUGAGGCGUACCAAGAGAGGAAAGCAAGGGACGACGCAGAAGACAGGCUGAUUGCUUGA